UAAGCCUUAGAGUAAGGAUAGCACUAUGAUUACUAAAUCAGCCCCCUGUGGGUUGGGGGAGCUUUGAGUCGAACAUCGGACUCAAGAAUUUGUUGAAAACCAGAAUACACCCACAGUAUCUCACAGUCGUAGCAGGCAACUAAAAGGGACCCCCUUUCCAAAGCCCUUCUCCAUCUUAAUAUGCUUUGGAACUAUCCAUUUUUAAAAUGGCACUUUUUCCAUUGACUUGGUUGUGUGUCAUUCUUUUUUUCUCUUUCUAUUUGUAGGCCUUCCUUGGCCAUAUACUUACUUUUUCUUAGGCCAACCCAAGGUGUGAUGUGGACCGUGCUGAUGGGUGGAUGGCACCAGGCCUUUUAUAUGGUGACUCUAAGGGUGCCUGUUGGAUACCAGGCGCCCUCCUGUAGUAUUCAGCCUUGUCUGGACAUGCGGUGCUGCUCUGUAUUGGUCGUCUCUACUUCCCUAGCUGGUCGUGGGAAUCACACAAACAACAACAAAAAACCAAACCCCACAGAAGUUGCCUCGCCUUCUAACCCAUCGGGAUCUGCCCCAUCAGGGCAGGUUCUUCAAUCUGAAAUUGGUGCUUCAGGAACACAGGAGGUUCCGUUGCACUCUUAUGUAGAGGCUACCAACAUUGAGAAGGUUUCUGCUGAUCACGAUAUGGAUGACGUAAGCUCAAUCACACCAUCCCAACUGGAGAGGGAGGGCGAGCACCUCAGAAAAGCAAGAAUCCGCAGGAAUUCCUAAGGAUGCAAAAGACCAACCGAGCAGUUAGCGAGUGGAGAGAACAACCUCAUCACUGCUCAAAGAAGGGGGGCCAUUCAGGCAAAACUUCUUGAGAGAGGUGAAGCUUUUGACCCUGCACAGUUCCGGAUGUUCAAAAAGAAAAAACCCAAGAGACUAGAGAUGGGUGAAACACCAAGCACAAAUUUGGUCAAGAGGCUCAGUCUAGGGUGGCCAGGCGCCCUAGAGGUAUAAAUAAAAAUAUAAAUCACAGUACCCUUUCAAAUUAU